AUGAAAGUCCUGGUGCUUUUGGGAUUGGUGGCAUUUGCCCUGGCUGACGUCACUCGCUUUGAGGGAGAGAAAGUCUUCCGUCUAAAGCCUGUGCUUGAUGAGCAUGUCACCCUCAUUAAGGAGCUGGCUGACAGCAUGGAGGUGGACUUUUGGAGGCCGGACAGCGCCGAGCUCGUGACCAUCGACAUCGACGUCGACAUCCACGUGCCAGCCACGCACUGCGACAUGGCGUACGUCAUGCUGCAGCAGAGCGGCAUGGACUACGAGGUCCUGAUCGAGGAUCUGCAGGACUCCAUUGAUGCCCAGGUGGACAACAUGGAGAUCUCCCCCAGGACCCACAGCUACACCAAGUACAACAACUUCGACAAGAUUCAGUCCUGGAUCGCCUCCAUUUCCUCUUCCAACCCUCAGCUGAUCAGCAAGCAGUUGAUUGGACACACCUUCGAGGGACGCCCAAUGACCCUCCUCAAGCUCGGAAAGAAGUCCGGCUCCACCAAGCCCGCUAUCUUCAUGGACUGUGGCAUCCACGCCAGAGAGUGGAUCUCUCCUGCUUUCUGCCAGUGGUUUGUCAAGGAGGCUCUAUCCACCUACGGAACGGAUUCCCAGAUGACUAGCCUGCUCAACCAGAUGGAUGUCUUUGUCCUGCCCGUCUUCAACAUCGAUGGCUAUGACUACACCCACAAACAGAGCAGGAUGUGGAGGAAGACUCGUUCCAGGAAGUCUGGAUCCAGCUGCAUUGGAGCUGAUCCCAACAGGAACUUCAACGCCGGCUGGUGCACUCUCGGCGCCUCUAACAAUCCCUGCAGCGACACCUUCUGCGGCUACAAGGUCGAGUCUGAGAUUGAGGUCAAGAACGUCGCCGACUUCAUCCGCAAGAACAAGUCCAUCAUCAAGGCCUACAUCACCAUGCACUCCUACUCCCAGCUGCUCCUCUUCCCUUACUCCUACACCUACGAUUUGGCUGCCGACCACAGCGAGCUGAUGAAGGUGGCUGAGGGAGCCUCUGCCGCCCUGCGCAGUCUGUAUGGUACACGCUACACCAGCGGACCCGGCGCCACCACCAUCUACCCCGCAGCCGGAGGCUCCGAUGACUGGGCCUACGACCUAGGGGUGAAGUACUCCUACACCUUUGAGUUGCGUGACACCGGUCGUUACGGCUUCCUGCUGCCCGAGUCUCAGAUCAAGCCCACAUGCGAGGAGACCAUGUUGGCCGUCAAGUACAUCGCAGCCUACGUGCAGAAGAACCUCUAUUAAAGAGCGGAACUGCCAGAACCCCUGCCAACUCCCCCUCCCCUCUGCCAACCCCCAGCCCCCUUCACCCUGCAACCUCUCAGCCAUCUCGUCCCGUAUCCAUGGAUACAGGGCACCACCCGCCAUGUUUUCUCGCUGUGCUUGACAGAAUGUCAAGAUGAGUGCAAACAAUAAAAUCAAUGAUCCAUCUCCA